UGAAAAAAUGGCAAAAGCUUUAAAUGAAAUGCCAGACUUUGAUCUGCCCAAAUAUGAAACUGCAACAACUGAUGAUUUGAGCCUUAUCUUUCACAAUACAGAAGGUUUGAUUGCUCAUAUAAAAGAUGUUAAGUGUAACACAGAUCUGACUUGUGACAUUGUAUGUCUAACAGAAACAUGGCUCAGAGAUGAAAAAGUAAGUGGUAUCCUUGAGAUUGAAACAUUUAACUCUCCACACUUAAUCAAUAGAAAAGUAUUAAACUUAUCAAACCAUGAAGGUGGUAUUGCAAUUUAUAAC